AUGCAUUUGAUAUUUCUGGCAAAUUUGCUCGUGAGCAUCCUUGCAUCCGGGCUCCAUUCAUCCAUAGCAUCAGUUGGUAUGUACCCUACUGCAUGUUCUUAGCCCAAUCAGAACGGUAUCAGUUACAUCUAAUAACUUGCAUGCUUCUUUGUGUCAUUAUCUGAUAGAUAUGAUAGAUAUGUUGUUUUUUCUCGCUGUGCUGUUUCUAUUUUGAGACGGAACUCUCCGGUCCGUAGGACAAGUCUUUUUAAGUGACGGUGAGAGAGGGGGCUCAGUAUCUUUUGUUCAGGUUAUGAACAUGAAAUAUAUCUAAAUGAACCUGUGACGAAUGUUUGACAUUAACUCCUUUUAACUCUAGGUCUACCAUUUUGUCCAGUUAUUAAGUACCUCAACGAAGAUCAAAACACCUUUAUAAACUGCUGAUACUUGAGACAUGAUUUACCAGCAUUGACCUUAUCAAGGCACUCAUUUAUUAUGUUAUGAAUUGAACUGUGCUAUUUCCAAUAGUAGAAUAAUAUUCAACAAAACAUAAAGUAGUCUACCCAGUCUGUCAUAUUCAAUUCAUAUUUUUCAUUUUGUUGAAGACAAGUAGAGAUUUAUGUAAUGGAAUUUCACAUUAUUUUGAGUUUUUAUAAUUGUGUAUUUCAUUGUAAGCAUAGCAUUUUUAUGGGAUCCCCCAGGUAAAUUUUUUAGGUAGACUUUGAACAUUUUAUGUCAUAGCUUACUGCCAUACUCUGUCAUACUCAAAUGGACCGAAUACACAACAUUAUACAGCAAGAUGCACUUCGCUCUCUCCCCUCUGUGUCCUGGAGGAAUGGUGAAGUCAUGAACACUUCCUGCAGUAGCAGCAAUUGUUUACGUGAUUAGAUUAUGAUUGACAGGCUUCCUUAUGUGGGGGGGCUAUGCAGAGUGCAGACUGACAUGCUCGGGUGGUGGUGGGAUAUCUCCUCUUCUGCACUUUCCCAAGGAGGAGAGAAUGAGGUGGUGGAGAGGGACGCAGCGCCAUUAUUGUUGGAGCGAGAGGCAACUGCAGCAGCGGCCACAGACAACACAAGUCACCAUGCGGCUGAGCAUGAGAUCAUCUACCCCUCUCGGCUCAUCUACUACCUGAAGGAGGACUCGGAGAGCACCUACCAUGACUUGGACACCCGGGCUAGGAACCAGGCCACAGAGGGCCAUGACCAGGUGUGACAACAUACCAGACUGAUAUGCAUAUGGGAUGGGCAUCCUAUUAGAGCCCCAGAGUGCGGUGGGGGGGUUAUACUUGUCGGUGGAAGUACACUUGUCCAUGUUGGCACACUGGAUGAAGUAAACUGAUGAAUGGGUAUACUUUGAUUGAAAUGAUAGGCUAGAUGGAGUCAUCAAUGAGAGCGUUGUCUCGCUCUUUCCUCCCUCUGCUCCUACGUGAUGAGGGCGACGCCCUAUUUUACUUGAUAUGCAAGGGAUUCUUUCUUAACUUGGCUUGGCAGUGAAGUUGGCAUGCCAUUCCUUACAGUCAUUAAAGUUGCAAUUGCUCAAUGUAAUACCCAUGGCUAUAAUAUUCUAUUUAUAUGGCAAUUAACUAAUAAUAAUAAUAAUAAUAAUACAUUUAAUUUAUAUAGCGCUAUAACUACUCUUACCAUUACCAAGGGUGACCAUUCUCCCAAUACACCUACAAUUAGAAAGGAAAACAGCCUGAUAAGAAGUGAAAACAGUGACCUGUGUUUUCACAGUGACGUGUUUAACAUUCUGUCUGUCCCACAGGCAGUCCACCUUGCCCAAGCCAGUUUCCAGUUAGAGGCCUUUGGCUCCAGAUUUAUACUGGACCUAACGUUAAAC